AUGGCCAAAUUAUCACCUCAUACGAAUUCCAACAUCAAUAGUAAUAACAAUACUAAUUUGAAUGUUGUGAAUGGCGUCGCAAUGAAGCCUAAACGCACCAGGAAAACAAUUCCUAGAGACUCUCCACCUAAACGCAGCUCCAUCUAUCGUGGCGUAACAAGGCAUCGUUGGACCGGUCGGUAUGAAGCACAUUUGUGGGACAAGAAUUGUUGGAAUGAGGCGCAGAAUAAGAAGGGAAGACAAGUCUAUCUUGGUGCUUAUGAUGAUGAAGGGGCUGCUGCUCGAUCUUAUGAUCUGGCUGCACUUAAGUAUUGGGGUCGAGAUACCAUUCUCAAUUUUCCGGUAUCAACUUAUGAGAAAGAGAUCGUAGAAAUGGAGCGUCAAUCCAGAGAAGAAUACAUUGGAUCAUUGAGAAGGAAAAGUAGUGGAUUUUCUAGGGGAGUCUCUAAGUAUAGAGGAGUUGCCAGACACCAUCAUAAUGGAAGAUGGGAAGCUCGAAUCGGAAGAGUUUUUGGAAAUAAGUACCUAUACCUUGGAACUUAUGCUACACAAGAAGAGGCUGCAAUAGCAUACGACAUGGCAGCGAUAGAAUACCGUGGACUGAACGCCGUGACCAACUUUGAUCUCAGCCGCUACAUAAAAUGGUUAAAACCUGACGCCAACGCCGGCGAUGCAGCUGCAGCCUCGGCCUCCACCAACCCCAACAACACUGGCUCAUGCCAUGACUCCGCCUCCCUACCACCCCUCCACCAAGCUCCUCCUCCCAUAUCCGAGACGCGGCCAGCCACGGCCACUUCGGCACUAGGGCUUCUGCUGCAAUCUUCCAAGUUCAAAGAACUGAUGGAAAUGAACAUGGCGGCAGAGUACCCUUCCACUCAACUUCAACCUCCGCCAGCGGUUGAAGAUCGUGAGCAGCAGCAAACCUUGUUUGAAUCCAAUGAUUACUGCACCUACAAUGAAGAUAUCUAUGUGGAUUUUAGCUCUAUGAUGCACCACCCAACGCCGCCGCCCUUCCAUUCACUGGAACACCUGGAGGAGCUAUGA